CUGUUCGUCAUGUAGACGCCCACCUGAUAAGGGAAGCAGACAAGGCCCGGUUCAACAGAGAGGUAGAUGACAUGGUCACAGUCUACACAGUAGCUGCCCCCUGCCUGGCUGAGUGGAUACACCAGAAGAGCGGUCACCUGGGGGGGAAAAGGCAAUGCAAUGGGCCACCAAUCGUGGGUUGCAGACUACGAUCGGUGUGCAGCGGGACGCUCAUCAGCACUGCCCACAGUGUACGAGGCUCUCCCCCCGGCGCUUGAAAACAGAGAAGGUGUACCUGAAGCGAGGCCAAAGACCUGAGGAAGUAUGGCAGGUGGACUACAUUGGCCCACUGCCUGAAAGUCAGCGGCAUAAGUACUUGCUGACUGCAGUAGACACGUAUUCUGGCCUGCUCUUUGUAUACCCGUGCGCAAGUGCUACACAGGAGCAGACUAUAAAGGGGUUAGAAGAACUUAUCCGCUAUUACGGAUCCCCCCUUGAAGUGCAGAGUGAUCAGGGAACCCAUUUAACGGGGAUGGAAGUAAGAGAAUGGGCUAGGGGGCGAGGAAUCGUGUGGGUGUUUCACAUCGCAUAUCACCCGCAGGGCGCCGGGCUCAUUGAGCGCAUGAACGGUUUGCUUAAAGAGCAGCUACGCAAACUGUCCCCCACUGAAUCCUUGGCCGCAUGGAGUCGUAACCUCCGCCAGGCUGCAGCCGCACUCAAUGACCAUCCGCUGUAUGGCUCCACCCCGUUUGCCAAAUUUAAGGCGGAGGUCAUUGAGCGGCCCCGUGUGCUGCAAGUGCAGUGUCUGCACCCGCAAGCCCACCUCCCCAUUCGGGCCACCCCGGGAAGUGCUGGUCUCAAUCUACGGGUCCCUCAAAAGAGCCUCACUCUGCAGCCUAAUAGCCGAAACCUCGUAAGUAUUGGCUUAGCAUUAGUAUUGGGCUCCCACAAGGCUAUUAUGGGCGCAUUGCCCCACGUGGUAGCCUGGCCCUCAAGGGCAUAG